CAUAAAGUGGGCAUACAAGUUUUUAUCUCUGCAAGCGCGGUUUACCUCUCCUAGUUUCUUUCUCAGCCGCACAAAGCCACAAACGCACAGACGGGCAACGGCACCAUUUCUCAUUUCUCCUUGGCUUCACUUCACUUUCUCACUUUCUCAGUUCCUCCAUUCCUUCAAUUUCUAGUUAAUCUAUUUUUUUUUUCUUCAUCAUCCUUCCACAUCCAAAUAUCCACAACAAGAUCAGCACACUAUUAUUUUUAGACGGGACUCCAAAGCUUUGCAUCUUGGUUAAAUUGAUGAAAUUGUGAAGGGGGUGCUCAUGCCUUGUCAUGCCAAUGAUGGACAUUUGUUAUUCAAAUUGUAUGCCUUGAAUAUGAGUUGAACUCUUUUAUGGACUUUUUUGGAAUUGUGAAAGAAUGUCAAUAUUUAUUUUAGUUAUUUGUGUGUUUUUGUUUGUGAUAAUUGGUGAAUAUUUGGGCUAUAUCUAUUUAUGUUUGUAAUGAAUUUAUGAAAACUUGCGGUGAAUUAUGAUAUUUUAGUUAUAUUUGUCAUUCCAGGUUUCAUGUAUAAUUUUUAAAAAAUUUAUUAUUAUCUCAACUUAAAUUUAGUUUUAAGUUAUAUUGAUGAAUGUAUUUUAGGGACUUAAGUUAUUAAUAACCAUGUUAGAAUGUACAUUAACCGUCAAGUUCCAAUGUAGACUGUACAGUGAAGACCUAUGAAAUAUUUAGCAUUAAAGCUGCAAAAAAAAAAAAAAAAACAGAGAACCGUUGAACCGGCUGGUCGGACCGGUCGGACCGUGAACCGCCCCCUUCUCCGGUUCACUGGCCGGUCCGAGUUUAAAAACAUUGCCAUAACUCAGAGGAAUCUACGGACCGUAAUUUAACCAUUUUCCAAAGCAGAAAAUGGACAAAUCAUUUGGCCUUGCUUAGCACUUUUCUUUAUCUCCGCAAUCAGCUUUCUUCUCCUGUGCUUGUAAUCCCCCGGUCUCUUCCUUUCUCUAUCUCUGUUUCUAUUUAUCGAGCAUCCCUUUGUUCUCCUACUCCCAACUCACUUACCACCCUGCAUCCUUCUCAUAGGCUUAAGAAUUUCAGGAUGCCAUUAUCCCCAUGGUCCAGCUACCGCAAUUCUGAAAUAGUAGCAUAGUAAAGGUAUAUCCAUUUCAGUUGUAUCCACUCGUUUAGUUAACACCUGCAACAGCCACUUGUAUCUGUUAUUUAUUCAAAUUCAGCAGAAUUUUAGCAAUUUAUUAACUUGCACUGACUCAGCAAUUUCAGAAUUUAAGAAUUUCAGCAAUUUCUUAACACUGCUAUUCAACAUUGAAAGAUUGUCAAUUCGUUCUUUAUUUCAUGCACUGAGUUUUUUCGGAAAUUAAGCCCAGAAAUUUUAUUUUGAGAUCAGUCUUGGAGAUACACCAGCUAUUGAACAGUUCAAGAUGGAUUGUUAUAAGUGACUAAUACCACCUGAUUCUAGCUGAAGUACGCCUCAAGGAAAUGACCCUUAAAUUUAAGAAGAUGAAUAGUAAAGGGUUUCUCAUUUGGGAUAUUUUUGGUUGAAUUAGUAUCCGUUUUCUGCGUUGUUUAUUACACAGGCAAGCUAUUUGACACAAUGGCUAAGUGAAUCGUGUAAUGGUAGAUGUGUUUUCAUUGCUAGCCAUGGUAGCACGCUCUCUUCUUGAGUUCAAAUCUUUAGAACUUCGACAUCAUCCCAAGGUGUCAGCUAACAAAGUGAGUCUUUCUCUAUUUCCCACUCAAUCUCACAAACACACACGCACAAAUGGGGAGCUACUAGGUGGUGGUGACAGAUUAUCUGGUAAUGAUUUUUCAGUUUACAAUGCUGUGCAAGUCUCUUUAUUGUUGUUUAACUCAAACAACCAACUUAGUAAUCAUAAAGACAAUUUCUUGCAGGGUAGAAAAUUGGUAACCAAUAUAUCAUUUCCAACCACCAAAAAAGGGAGUUUAUAUUUGGGAAACACACUCUUGAAGUCUAGUGUUAGUGACGAAGGUUAUGAGAAGACUCAAGCUCAAGAGCUGAUCGAUGGUCUUCAUGAAUGUGCAGCCAAUGGGUUACUUAAAGAAGCAAAAUCUAUACAUGGACAUAUAUUGAGGUGUCAUUUUACCGGUGAUAAUUUGAUGGUUCUACUCAAUCAUGUAAUGCAUGUGUAUUCAAAAUGCUCGAAUUUUGGAUUAGCUAGGUUAGUGUUCAACAAUAUGACACAGAGAAAUGUUUUUUCUUGGACUAUAAUGAUAGAGGGGUCCACAAACAAUGGUUUUCUGCAUGAUGGUUUGAAGUAUUUCUCUGAGAUGCAGAAAUGUGGAAUACAGUUGGAUGCGUUCACAUAUUCGGUAAUACUACAGUUAUGUAUAGGGUUGAAUUGUCUUGAUUUAGGUGAAAUGGUGCAUGCCCGGAUUCUCAUAACAGGUUUUGCAUCACAUGUUUUUGUGAGCACUUCACUGCUUAACAUGUACGCCAAGUUAGGAGAUGUUGAGGAAUCACUGAAGGUAUUUGAUAGCAUGAAUGAGCAUAAUGAAGUCUCUUGGAAUGCAAUGAUAUCGGGUUUCACAGCAAAUGGGCUUUACUUGGAAGCUUUUAACCAUUUUCUUAUGAUGAUGGAGCAUAGAUAUGCUCCGGACAUGUAUAGUAUAAUCAGUGUCUUAAAGGCAGUUGGAAUGUUGGGUGAUGCUGGCAAGGGCAAGCAAGUCCACAAUUAUGCAUCUAAUUUGGGUUUGGACUCUAAUGUUCGUGUGGGCACUGCAUUAAUUGAUAUGUAUGCGAAGUGUGGUGCUUUAAGUGAUGCACAAUCUGUAUUUUAUAGUAACUUUUCUAAUUGUGGACUAAAUAUGCCGUGGAAUGCUAUGAUUGGGGCCUAUUCACUGUGUAAUUACAGCCAAGAAGCUGUGCAACUUUAUUCUGAAAUGUGUUGGAACAACAUAAAGUCAGAUGUCUACACUUAUUGUAGUGUGCUUGAUGCUAUUGCCAGUUUGAAGUGUUCCCAUUUUUUGAAGCAGGUUCAUGGAAAAGUUUUAAAGUCUCGGUAUGAUUUGAUGGACCUAAGUGUUGAAAAUGCUAUAGCAGAUGCAUAUUCCAAUUGCACAUCUCUUGGAGAUGUAAGGAAGGUCUUUGACACAAUGAAAGAUAGAGAUCUUGUUUCUUGGACCACAUUAGUGGGUGCUUAUUCUAGAUGUUCUGAUUGGGAGGAAGCACUAGUAAUUUUUUCUCAAAUGAGGGAAGAAGGUUUUUUACCUAAUCAUAUCACUUUUUCUACUAUACUUGAUGCAUGUGUUGGCCUUUGUUCCCUUGAACUUGGUGAGCAGCUCCAUGGCCUUGUUUAUAAACUUAGAUUGGAUACUGAUAACUGCAUAAAUAGUGCUCUAGUUGACAUGUAUGCUAAGUGUGGCAGCAUAACGGUGGCAAGGAAGGUUUUUGAUUGCAUCUCAACCCCUGAUGUUGUUUCAUGGACUGCUAUCAUAUCAGGUUAUGCCCAACAUGGAUCUGCAGCAGAUGCACUUCAACUGUUCAGGAAGAUGGAAAAGUUGAAUGUUAAAGCCACUGCUGUAACUUUGUUGUGUGUUUUAUUUGCUUGUAGUCAUGCUGGAAUGGUGGAAGAAGGUCUUGACUAUUUUUGGUCCAUGGAGGAUAAAUAUGGUUUGGAGCCUGAGAUGGAACACUAUGCUUGUAUUGUUGACUUACUUGGUCGUGUGGGCCGUCUUAAUGAAGCAUUUGAAUUUAUAAAAGCAAUGCCAAUAAAACCAGAUGAAAUGGUCUGGCAGACAUUGUUAGCAGCAUCCAGGAUCCAUGGGAAUAUUAAUUUGGGAGAAAUAGCAGCAAAGAAUAUUCUUUUAAUGCAGCCAAAUUAUUCAGCUCCCUAUGUUCUUUUGUCCAACAUGUAUACAGAAAAAGGGAGCUUCAGAUAUGGACUUCAAUUGAGGAAGAUGAUGAAACAGCAAGGUAUUGCAAAGGAGCCAGGAUAUAGUUGCAUAUCAUUGAAAGGUAGAGUCCACAGGUUUUAUGCUAGAGAUCAGGAGCACCCACAAAAAGAUGACAUAUAUCUGAAGUUGGCAGAAUUAAGGAAGAUGAUCAAGGCAUUUGGUUAUGUGCCUGAUACAAAAUGUGCCUUGCGAGGAGAGGAUUAAAAUGUAUUUGUGAAAGUAAAAUUUUUUUAUUCUUUGGAUAUAAUUUGGUAGAGAAAUGCCCAUCAUUUGUGGAAAGCUUUCCUGUUGAAGCACUGAAUUGAAGAUCGGAGACACAUUCAACUAUGGGAAUUUCUAAAUUACAAGCAACUGUAGGUUGGCAACAAUUUCCAUGUCUUGAUAUGUGGUAUAUGCCGUUUCAAAACCAGUGCCAUGCAUCCCCCAUUCCCCCUGUUAUUUGACGACAAAUGGCAGAGCAGUGACAUUUGGAAUUUGCUGAUCAUAGAUCACUGAAUGGUAGCAAUUAUGGUGUUAUGUAUUCUAUCGGAUUCAUUAACAUAUUUGGGGAAUGCUUUCUGAAACUUGUGUUUUUUUUCUGUGACUUCAAACAAUCAUCGAGAAGCAAGCAUUGUAUUCUUGAUCACAACCUUUGAAUAUCUUCUUGAUAUUUAAGCAUUGAUCUUCUUUAGUUGGACACAAACUCAUCAGCCAACAACGAUUUCAUAUAUGAUCCAUCUGUAAGGACAAGAAGAUUUAGGCUUGGUAAAAAGGACAGGGGAUAUAGAUGUGCAUGAUAAUCUGUACCAUAACCAUACAAGGGAUAAGCAGUAAAAUGUAUGGCAAGUGCAGAAUGGUCUGCAUGAAUCAUUUACAUCUAUACAGAACAUUGCGAUUACUAUUUUAUCUCCUUUUGGCACACUCUCUAUGACAAAAUCCUUCUUUGUAUGGUACUCUCUGCGCCAGCAUCAAGUUUGUUAAAUGGUCCAAAAUUUGACUGCAAUGAAAUAUGUUGACCCAGCCAAA